CAUACGUACUUCCUGUUUUGUAAGGAACAAAUUAACUUGUGGUUAUAAACGAAACUAGCUCGAUUUGACAAUGAAUCAAAUUGUUUUGGUACCCGCGGCCAUUUUAUCCAUCAUCCUGCUGCUGUCAGCUCCAAUUGCUGUUGAAACUGCAGAUGCCUGUACGGCCAAUACAAAUGCAACAUCAUGCUGUGCUGUCUCUAGCUGUGGUUGGUUCGAGUGUCUAGGAAACAGUGCAAAUGUCACAGUGUGUCUGAACCAGACUGACACAACUGCCAUUAACACAACCUGUUCAAACAGCACUGAAGUGGCAGACAGAAAAAGCAAAUGUGAAGCACCCAUAGAUAGCUGCAGUCUAUUGACAGACAACACGACUUGUUGUGGAAAUGCUACCUGUGGCUGGUACCAGUGUAAAGUUGGAGAUACACUGACUGGAGAUGGACAAUGUGUCUCAAACACCACCUCCACCCUGACCAACUGUACAGCUCCCAACACACCACAGGAUACAUGUGUACUCCCAGGGACCCCUACUCCAGCUCCCAUCGAUACAUGUACUAGUGAGAAGACCAACGACACAUGCUGCAACAUAACAGGUAACGCCUGUAUGUGGAUCAACUGUACUGGUACAGAGGUGUGUAUGGCAAGUACUGCUUCAAAAGAAACCUGUACCGUCAAAGACAAUCUUUGUGGUGGUGCUUCUACACCAUCACCAAUAAUAACAACUCCAGCUCCGACAACUCCAGCUCCGGCUCCGACAACUCCAGCUCCGACAACUCCAGCUCCAGCUCCAACUCCGGCCAGCAACACAGGCAUGCAACAUUUUGACGGGGCAUCAUUCGUCGGUGGAAUCAUCCUGGCCGUGGGGGUCAUCGCUAUAGCUUUCUUUGGCUGCAAGUUCUACAAGGCAAGGAAGGAACGCAACUACCACACACUGUAGACAUGACGACGGGACGCUGGAGGAAAGAGAAAACAUCGGAGAAAGCAACGCAUGGAAGGCGUAAGAUAUUCCACAAGACAACUGUGAUGCUAAUUGUUUUAAGUUUUAAAAAUAACUGUGUGUCAAUCUACUUAAAUGUGUCUUGGCUCUGUCAAAUUCAGAGCUGGUUUAUGAUUUUUUGUCCAGAGUUGUACAAGAAUAUUUUUAUACUCUUGUUUGAGUAAGAAGCUUAAGAUUUUUUUUCAUGAAAACAGCACAUUUUGGUUACAAAGAAAAGCCAACAUGUGUUUAUUUCAUCUGAUCUUUGUGUUUUGUUAGGCCUUUGUGAAGUUAAAUUCCACCUUUUUCUUCUUCUUUCAAAGCACCAACUUCUAAUGUUUCAAAGUAGAUGUUUCAUAUUGCGUACUGGCCUAUAUCUAUAACACACUUAAUGUAAAUGUAAUGCUAAUAAAUGCCUACUAUCAAUCCUUAAAUAUUCAAAGGCAAGAUGCACUGAAUAUUGUUUUAGAACAUUUUGUGUUGUCCUCAUGUUGGUUCUAUAGUUUAACUCUUUUGUAUCUUUCUGUAUCUGAAUCUCGCUUUGUCCAUGUUCAUUUGGACAUACUUGGACAAAACAGUUAAUUUUAAAUGGAAUUUUCUGACUAGAUGAGUGUUUUUUCCUCAAAUUUUGCCCUAAUCGCUGUGUUGGAUUUUAAAUCAGUUAAUGUUGUGGUAUUUAAAGGAACCCGACUUAUUUUGUUACUUUUUUUAUUGAUUCUCAAACUAGUUAUCCAGUUUCAAAUAUACCUUGGUAUGUAUAAUGUGUAAUUUUGAAUUUAUUUGUAUAUCUAAUACAUUCAGACUUUCCAGCUCCUUUUGAUUUAUUAUUUCUUCACGUAGCAUUAUAAUGUUUAGAAAAGAAAAAAAAACUUCCUUAUUUCUGUUCUGUAUACAUAGAUAGUAUGCUUACAUACAUAUAAUCAAAGCUGAUUUUAAAGGUUGCGAUGAUGUUGUAUUUCAUAUAAGAUUUUGAUCUGCUUUACGUUUAUAGGCACAUUAUGGAAUGUGCCUUUUUAAUUGUAUCAAUGGUGCCUAUUCAGAUAGAUCUGUAACCCCAAAGAAUGAGCAUUCCAGAAGUAUUCUUUGAAAGAUUUUAUUUUCAUAUGGAAAGAUAAAACAGAAUAAGACCUUUAACUUGUCAUAGUAUUGGGUGGUAGGGUUUGAAAUGUGUGUUUUUUUUAUUUAGCUUCACGUUCAUUGUACAAUACAUGUAUUUUUGUCAUUAACUCAUUCA